GACGACAAUAACGAACGGUAUUCUCUGCACUUCCGUUGCUCAUGACACCGGAGCGAAGUUCUGACAGCUGAUUCCCUAACCGGUUUAUAUCCACUCUAAGCUUCUUAAAUUGUCAUUUCUGAAGUUUUUCACAUUUGGGCGCCCCCUUUAUAAUCUGUAGUUGGUGUUGCUGACAGCGUUUUGAACAGAGGAGGGCGACUGAUUAUGGUGUAGCACGGAGCGCUAGCCGUGAGACAGCAGGCGUUUGAGCAGUAGUGCAGCGUGGAGGGCUGACUGAAGCAAAUCGCAGCAGCGUAGCCAUGCUCACCUUGGCCAGUAAGCUAAGGAGAGAUGACGGAGGAAAGACGGGUCGUGCCACCGGAGCCUCUGACUCCACACACAGGGUCUCCAUCAGGGACCGACUCCUUACCAAAGAAGUUGCAGAACUUGAAGCCAAUCUACCUAGUACAUGUAAAGCCAGUUUCCCAGAUGAAGACAAGCUGCAUCAUUUUCAACUGGCAGUGUCACCUGAUGAGGGCUACUACCAAAGUGGAAGGUUUCAGUUUGAAAUUGAUGUUCCAGAAGCCUAUAAUAUGGUGCCUCCUAAAGUCAGAUGUCUGACCAGAAUAUGGCACCCUAACAUCACAGAAAAUGGAGAGAUCUGUUUAAGCCUAUUGAGGGAGCACUCUAUUGAUGGCACAGGCUGGGCCCCCACCAGAACAUUAAAGGACGUGGUCUGGGGAUUGAACUCGUUGUUUACGGACCUGUUGAACUUUGAUGACCCACUGAACAUUGAUGCAGCAGAACAUCAUCUGAGGGACAAGGAGGAUUUUCGGAAUAAGGUUCAAGAUUACAUCAAGCAUUACGCAAGAUGAUAGACACAUAAGCCUGCACCAAUCAACCAAACUGCUCUAUCUUGCCUCCGCUUAUCUUGGCCAACUUCCUUGUGUGUGUGUGUGUGUGUGUGUGUGUGUGUGUGUGUGUGUGUGUGUGUGUGUGUGUGUGUGAGUGUGAAUUAACAGCCGACUUUUACCACUCCCCUCCUGUCGACACCGCAGCCCCCCUUUGUUCACCUGAUCGCAAUAAACUCCGCCUUUUUUUUUACGCUGACUUUAACAUUUAAAAGAAAAAAAUAUGCUUUAAUUCCUUUAAAUAGUUGCGCAUUACAGUGACCACAGUGUCUGUAAUGUUGCCACACUGAGGUGUCCCUGAACCAAGCCAUGACAAUGGACGUAAGUUGGUGAUUCACCAUGUAGAAAAAAUAAAUAAAUAAAAAUAAAGUGAAGGAAAAAAAAAUUAAUUGGACAAAUGGUGAGAAAUUCAGUUCUCCGUUCCAGUGCCUGCCAUGCCUUGUGUUGUGCAAGAGAAAAUGCAUGUGAGUUCACAAAUGUUCACAUACAAUGUCACGUUGUGUAAAAGGUAAACACAGUUACAUGUUUGUCUUUUUACUUGUUUAUUAAGGACGGACAUGUUUAAUUAUCACACAAGUUGCGAUGCCUACAGCCCCCAGCAUCUCUAGACAGCAUGCGAAUGACCAUUGUCACAUUCUUUUGUCAGAAUCUUUACAUGUGGGUUCAAGGACGCACGCACGCACGCACACGCCAGCUUCAGUGGGAUAAACUGCUACUGCUUAAACAAAAGCAAAUUGUAUUGUACAGUUUCAACAUCUCCCAGGUUUCAGUUAGUAUUGCUUUUCUCUUCCAUCUGUUUUUCUGCCUCACACAUAAUCAGUCAUACAGUAUGCAUCCUUUUUAUCCUUUAAAGAUGGAGAGGUUUAUUUGUGCUUACAGUGCAAGCAAUGCCAGUUUGGGUCUGACAGCUCUAUUGAUGCUCACUGGAUUUCCAACUUAACAAUGACUGAAUGUUUCAAGUACUCAUUUGGAUUACAUUUUGCAUCCAUAGGUAAAAUAUUUUGUCACAUUCAUUUUCAGUGGUAAUGGACAUUAUCCUAUUGAUUAUAGAUCAAGUUCUUAAACAGGCUGUUAAUUUUUUUUUUUAAUUAAAUUGCAUCACAAUGUGACAGCAAAUGGUCAAUAGAUAAUUCAUUCAAAUCCAAUCACAGUCAUCCCUUUUUUUUUGUCCAUAAAAGGUGUCAGGUUGAAGCAGGGUUAGUCCCUUCACAGUCAAGAAGCUGCUCCUCAUGAGAUCAUUCAGAUCAGCAACAGACACGUUUACACCUUAACCUGUGAACACUCUGCUAUUCCUUUGCUGCAACGGCUGGACACAAUGAGAGACAAUGCAUAAAGGCCCAUAGGACUUUUUUAUACAGUGCAUGGCCAUUUUGUGUGCGUUUGAAUGUGAACUGU